UUGAUGGCAAAUUGACAAGUACUCGGAUCUCUUAAAUUAUUUUAGCUAGUAUUUAUUUACGUAUAAUCCAAUUAUAUUUGAUCAGUGACGAUUCCUGUCCUGUGUUGAUAACAGUCGUUCCACAGUGCCAUUUAAUUUGACUUCUAUUACAUCAUACAAAUAAUAUUUGUACGAUACGAAUUCUAUUUGAUAAUACAAUACAGUGCUUUAAUUAGUGUUUUUUUUUGGGUUAUUAUCUACCAGUGUGACAAUUGAUCAAAAAUGAUACCAGAUAACGUGACACUGAUUGUAAAGGCGCCUAAUCAGCAAAUUGAAGAUCAGAAUAUUGAGUGCGAGUCUUCAUGGACAGUCAGACAGCUCAAAGGACAUCUAGCUGAAGUUUAUCCUAGCAAACCGAAAGCAGACGAGCAGAAAAUCAUCUAUUCUGGACAGUUGUUAGAGGACAACGCCAUUCUAAAAGACGUACUCAGAAACUAUGAGAGUCAAAUAGCGCAUACUAUGCACUUAGUUUGUUCAUCCAAGAGAAUGCAGGAAAAUACACCAGAAGCACACAAGACGGACGGUCUACGGCAGAGAAACGUUACAACAGAGAGUGCCCAGCGCCCAGCCGAGACUACACCUAGACCGGAAAUGAGGCAAAACGAUCAAAACCACACGGUCGAAAUGCAGAACUAUCUAACUUCCUUCGUUAACAACUACGGAAGGGUACCGCCGUACCCUAAUUACAAUUUUGGAGGUGGCUAUCUCCCUGUUCCGAAUGAUCCGGCAUCAAUGGCGAACCAUAUGCUGAUGAUGCAACAAGCAUAUAUGCAAUAUAUGCAGCAAUAUGCCAACAUGAGACAAGCAAUGGCUCCAGACACACCAACUCCACCAGCAACCGAAACCCCACCACCACCAGCGGAAGCUCCAGAGCCAGAACUAGAUGAUGGUGCAGCGAGAGACUGGCUGGACCAUUUGUAUGCGGCUUCAAGAUUUGCGAUACUCUUGUCAUUAUUCUGCUUAUACGGAAGCCCUGCGAGACUCUUGCUCGUUAUAUUGUUGGCCGCAGCGGGUUAUUUACAUCAAAUCGGUUUCUUCCGCGACCUCAACGUGAAUCCAGUAAAUAACGGGCAACGCCGUAACGAGCCGCGCAACGGACAACGGAACGAACCGCAGAAUAACGAUGAUCAGGAACCAAAUCAGGAAACAAUCAGUCGACAACCGAACGAACAGCAGGAAAAUGAUAACGACAAUCAACAAUCGUUGCUAGCGGUUACUUGGAUGAUAUUCACGUCAUUUUUCUCUUCCUUAAUUCCGGAUACAAAUUAAAGUUUUUUUUUAUGAUAUCGAAUCAGAUUUCUCAACACCUGUGAAGUAUUUUAAAAAUGGAAUUUUUAGACUUCAUAUUAAUUUCACAUUGAGACAAAAAUAACUUUUUAAUAUCACUCACUUGCUUGCCUAACUGGAUGAAUGGCCAGUUAAACCGUAUUUUCCUUUACAAAAAUUGUACAUGUAAGGAUGUUGUAAGUUGUAGUAUCUUCUUGUAAACCUCCAUAUUGUAUAUGUCAUAGAGUAAUUGUCAAAGCCGUGUUAUGUCAUUUCGCUAGUGAAAUUGAAAUUCUAUAAAUUAAUAAUUUAAUAGUAGCAACAUUCAAUUGACGUAGAAGCUUCAGGCGAUUUGAUUGGUCAAUUAUUGGCUACUAUGACACUUGUGCAAUUUAUAAAAUGUCAAGAGUGACAUUAACGGCGGACCAGUCAGCGGACACAUCUAUGAGCCCCGAUGGUCUGAACGAUGAUGUUUAUUUUAUGAAAUUUUCAAACCCCAUGAAUUCUAAUGUAACGACACUAUAGCGUCCAUUUUUAUUUGUAAUCAUUAUUCAAAUUAAUCUGGUCCGUGAUAUUUUAUCAAAUUAAAAAGGUAGGCAAAAAUACACGUAACUGGUAUUUUAUGAGUGUAAUUAUUUUAUUUUUUAUUAUGUAAAAUGUGAAAGUCUUAAGCUUUCACAUUUUUCUGUCAUAUCCGAUAUAUAUGAGAGAAAUAAAAUCAAGCGUAUAUAUAUAGUCGUAGUAUACUCUUAGACAGAGUUAUUGAAAUUUUCAUUACUCUUGCUUUAGCUUGAUAAAACAGGCGGGCUUGAUAAAAUGGUCUGUUUCAGACCAUUGAAUGAGGAUAUAAAUCCAUAUAAGCAAGAAUUUUAAUACAAACAUGGCAAAACUUAUUGAUUAUAUAAUUAAUGGGUUAAAAUACUGUUUUAUUGACAUUUAUAAUCUAUCAUCAUCAUCUGCGGUCGCUCCGAAUUCAGUGGUAGUUAAGCCUAAUAAAAAACUGUAAUAUCAAGAAAUAUAAUGGUUGUAUGAACUGACGUUAAACCAAAUAUUAAUUGUAUAUAACUUAUGUAAACUUAGUUUAGCUAUUAGGAUUACGUAUAUUUUGAUGAUAUUAAAAAAAAUAUGUACAGAGGAAAUAUAAUUUUGUCCUUUUGUAAAUAUUUUUGUGAUCGUUUUUGCUUUUAAAAUUUGCCAUUUAUUAAUUAUAUGGUAUAUAGUUAUCUUGUAUUAGGUAUAUAAAUAUUGAAACGUUUAUGUAAUUGUAGAUUUUAAAGUAUUAUAUAGUAAUGAGUUAAUAAAAAAAAAAUCUUUGUUUAUAAACGGUAAUGUUUGUUGAAUAUAAAAUUUGAUGUUAAAUGUAAUAUUUAAUAUUGCUUUAACAUUAUUUAAAAUAAUAUAAUAGCUUAAAUAUUUUUGGAAUUGCACGAUGGUUAGAAAGUUGUAAGAUUUACUUAUGAUUCAAAUGGAUUUAGUUCAGUCGCUUAAAAAAGGGUAUUGAAAGGUGGUUUGAUUCUGUUAUUUCUGUUACAUGAUAAAAUUAUAUAGUAAUUUGACUUAUCAACUCCUCACCUACCGAGCCUUGGGUAAACAUAUUAGAGAAAAAAAAGCUUGUAACCAGCCUGUGUAUAAAAGGAAUUUUACAUUUCCAUGAUUUUAGUUAAAUAUUGUUUUAUAAAUACAUAAAUCUAUACCCAGUUUUUAUGUUAUACAAAGAUCACGCAUUUUGUAAUAUAAUUAAGGUUAUUUAUGUAAACGAUUUAAGAGCAUGCGAAAUGAAAUCAUAAUCAUACUGUGAUAAGUUCUGUUUUCGUUUGCAAUCUCGUGAAUAAAUUUCUAAAAUUGA